AUGUCAGAGCCUGCAGCCAAAGUCAGUAAAAAGGAGCUCAGCUCCAACCAAGACGAGGAGGCCAACAUGAACGCAGAAAAAGAAAAGCAGGAAGUACUCGAACGUGCUGACGAAGUACAAACUGAAAUACAGGGACUUAACGAACAAGCCGCUAAGGAGAUUUUGAAAAUAGAACAGAAGUAUAACAAACUCCGCCGACCAUUCUUUGAGAAGAGGUCAGAACUGAUGGCCAAAAUCCCAAAGUUUUGGAUAACAACAUUUGUCUGCCAUCCGCAAUUGUCCGCGCUGCUUGGGAAGGAGGAGAUAAAGGCACUGCAUUAUUUGACCAGAGUUGAGGUGACCGAAUUUGAAGAUAAUACAUCAGCUUACAGAAUAGACUUUUAUUUUGAUGAAAAUCCUUACUUUGAAAAUAAAGUUCUCUCCAAAGAAUUUCAUCUGGAUGAGAAUGGUGAUGAAUCUACAAAGUCCACUAAAAUCAAAUGGAAAUUUGGAAUGGACUUGACGAAGCGUUCCCGUAAAACGCAGAGUCCAGCCAGCAAGAAGAGGAAGUGUCAGGAACCAGAGAGCUUCUUUACCUGGUUUACUGACCAUCCUGAUGCAGGCCCAGAUGAAUUAGGACAGCUCAUCAAAGAAGAUAUUUGGCCAGAUCCAUUACAUUACUACUUGGGUCCUGAGCUGGAUGAUGAGGAUGAAGGUGUUAAAGGUGAUGAUGCACGGAAGAAAGAACAGGCGGAUAAAGGAGACCGUGACUAA